AUGAGUGACCUUGACGAUUUACUUAAUUCUCUUAAUGACACACCUGCAACUAAUCAACAAAAUACUCAACAAGAUGAACUUGAUGAUGUACUUAAUGCAUUAAAUGAUAUGGUUGAGAAGAAAGAUACAAAUAAACAAAAGAAGGAAGAUGACUUAGAUGAUUUAUUAGAUUCCCUUGACGCUAAACCAAAGGAAGAAACAAAACCAAAAAAAGCAGAUGACUUAGAUGAUUUAUUAAAUAGUUUAGAUGAUAAACCAAAACCUACUUCAUCUCAAUCUUCUACUAAAGUUACUACUGAAUCUACUCCUAAAAAAGAUGACUUAGAUGAUUUAUUAGAUGGUUUAGAAGAUAAACCAAAAUCUACUCCACAACCAGCACCAAAGAAAGACGAUUUAGACGAUUUAUUAGAUGUUAACAAUAAACCAGCACCAAAGAAAGAUGACUUAGAUGAUUUAUUAGAUGGUUUAGAAGAUAAACCAAAACCUGCUGCUAAACCAAAGACUGCACCAAAAGAUGAUUUAGAUGAUUUAUUAGAUGGUAUUGACUCUACAGCACCAAAAAGACAGUCCAAUGCACCAGUCCCAAUUACAGCCGUUAUAAACGAAGAUCCAAAUAUUUGUGCUGAAUGUGGACAACCACUAGGACCACAAAGAAUUACAGCACUUGGAAGGAGUUAUCAUCCAGAUCAUUUUGUUUGUAAGAAUUGUAAAAAGCCAUUAGGAACUAAUCCAUUCCAUAAUGUUGAAAAUUCACCAUAUUGUAAAGAUUGUUUCAUUGCUAAAUUCGCUAAGAUGUGUGCACGAUGUGGUAAACCUAUUACUACUAAUUGUGUUAGUGCAUUAGGAAAAACAUAUCAUUCUGAAUGUUUUGUUUGUACUAAAUGUAGUAAACCUUUCCCAACUCCUUCAUUCUUCCAAAAAGAUGGUAAUCCAUAUUGUGAAGAAUGUUAUAAAGAAGAAUGCGCAGCUAAAUGUUCUAAUUGUGGUAAACCAAUUAUUGGACCAUCUCUAAGUGCUCUUGGAAAGAAAUAUCAUCCAGAGUGUUUUGUUUGUUCAGUUUGUAAAGCACCAUUCCCAAGAGGACAAUUUUAUAACCUUGAUGGUAAACCUGUUUGUGCUGAACAUUAUUCUAAUCAUGCAUCUACAAAUAUUUGUGGAAGAUGUGGUAAACCAAUUGCACCAGGUGUGAGUUUUAUUUCUGCUAUGGGUCAAAAAUUCCAUCCAGAACACUUUGUUUGUUCAUUUUGUGUCAAUCCUCUUACUGAAUCCUCCUUUAAAGAAAAUAAUGGAAAGCCAUAUUGCUUCACUUGCUAUGGUAAACUUUUUGGUUAA